UGUGUUUGCGUUGUUAAGCCUACACUUGUUUAUGUAUGGAUGCAACCUGUACAUGUGGAAGAGUACAAGAAUCAACCAUAAUUUCAUAUUUGAAUUCUCACCAAGCACAGCACUGAAACACAGAGAUGCAUUUUUGAUGUGCACUACCCUAAUGACAACUGUGUUUGGGGCAAUGGUGAUACACCUGCUCCUAAGGGCUGCAGGUUUUUCUCCUGUCCAAGUUGAUGCCAUUCCUGGAAUUAUUUUUAUGUUCUUUGUUGGUCUUCUCAUUUGCCCAUUUGACAUUUUUUAUCGCCCUACUCGUUUCUGCUUCAUUCGUGUUAUUCGUAACAUAGCUUGCUCUCCAUUUUAUAAGGUUCUGCUGGUAGACUUUUUUAUGGCUGACCAACUAACUAGUCAGAUUCCAUUGCUAAGGCAUUUGGAAACAACAGGUUGUCACAUUUUUGCUAGAGCAUUCAAGUCACCCCACCCUGAGGCCUGCCAUUCUGGAAGGCUAUAUGUAGAAAUAACAUAUCUCAUCUCAUUUUUGCCAUAUUGGUGGCGUGCAUUGCAGUGUGCAAGAAGAUGGUUUGAUGAUGGUGAUGUUAACCAUUUGGCUAACAUGGGGAAGUAUGUUUCAGCAAUGGUUGCAGCAGGAGCUAGAGUCACAUAUAGCAGACAAGAUAACAAUCUAUGGUUUGCUAUAGUCUUGACCACUUCUGUGGUUGCCACAGCUUAUCAAUUGUAUUGGGAUUUUGUCAAGGACUGGGGGUUUUUCAAACCCAACUCCAAAAACACAUGGCUCAGAGAUGAUCUAAUUCUAAAGAAUAAAAGCAUAUACUACAUGUCUAUUGCAUUGAAUGUUGUACUGAGAGUGGCUUGGGUGGAGACUAUCAUGCAUUUCAAAGUGGGACCUGUUCAAACAAGGCUACUAGACUUUUUGUUGGCUUCACUAGAGGUUAUUCGACGAGGACAUUGGAAUUUCUACAGGUUGGAGAAUGAGCAUAUAAACAACGUAGGUCAUUUCCGGGCAGUGAAGGCAGUUCCACUACCAUUUUGUGAGAUAGACUCAGACAGCUGAGGGUGUUCUCACAGUUAAAGAGUAGACAAUAGCGCAAAGGGAAUAAGUCCAAAUUGGAUAAAACUUAUUAGUUACAGGUUUUAGAUGCGGUUGGUGUUAUUCUCAAUUGAAGUUAUAAAACUUCAAUUGAGAAUAUUACCGGCUGCAACUAAGAAACUUUAUCUAAAUUUUGAACGUGACAUCCCUCACUACACAUUGGAUACCAAUUUUGAAGUAUCAGCAGAAACCAAUUGUAAUGCCCAAAAGAAAAUGCGUAACAGAUGCCAUUUUGUCCAAUGAAUUGGCUCAGCCUUUGGAUUUCAUCACGUUCUAGAUCAACAUUCUAAGCAGCAAAAGAAGAAGAAAAAGAAUUAUUUUCUCCUCUUUUGUCAUCUAUUUCUGUUCUGUUGAAAUGGUUUUAAUAACCAAUUUGUAAGUCUUGUAUUGAAUAUUUUGUAAAUUGUAAUUAAAAAAUAGUGAACCACGUGUUUAGUUUCUAAAACAAAUAAUUCUAUAUUUUUUCAUGUAAGUGCAUAAAACAAUAUUAUAAAAAUGUAUCAUCCCUACUGUCACAGCUGUCAUUAACAACACCCUCAACCAAAGCACCAACUUUUUCUAAAUGGUUUUCGUCUAUUUACAUUGUCAUGUUUUUUUCUAAAUCUUUCCUCAACAUCGAUGUCUGUAAGUACCUGCAUCCUGUGUUGAUCAAUGUUUGUCUUACUGCCGCCAUUAAAGUAAAUCACUUUUUAUCUCUUUUUAUAUGUUCAAUUUGUAUCUAAGUUUAAUUACAAUAGAUUCAGACGAUAUAUUCGUUUAGCGAUUUGUGGUAUUUUUGAUAUUACACAUUACAAUAGAAUUUAAAGGUGCAUGUAUUUUUCUUUAUUUUUCUGAAGCACAAAUUCUUUCUGAACAUCAACACCUUUCUACACGCACAUAUCCUAGUUGGCCUAACAUAUUUUUGAGUCUAAAGUCCUGAUGUGAAGUUAAGUUGGUUAUGAUGGAAUUUCUAUUUUGUAUUAAAUUGUUGUACAGAUAUAUUUAUAAAAAGGAGUAUAAUGUGAGCUCUCUAUACAUUGAAAA